GAAACCAUGUAGGUACUAUACAUACCAAGGUAACACCACAAAAUUUCACAGGCAAAACCAAGAGCCAACAAACUCCGCCAUAGCUACUUCUGCCAUGCAAGUAGGCAUGGAGAACUCCCCUCUACUAAAGCUCAUCUCACUUGUUCUACUAGCCUGGUUUCCAACGACCAUGGCAGUACUGCCAACCCUCGAGGAACAAGCAGGAGCCCUCCUUGGCUGGAAAGCCACACUCCACAGACCACCAGCCGAGCUCCGAUCAUGGGGAACGGGAAACACUACUACACGGCCGUGCAGCUGGCAUGGCAUCAGCUGCAGCAAGCAUCAAGAAGGCCACCAACAGGUCAUCACGGAGAUCUCUUUGCGGGGGUUGGGGUUGAGAGGGGAGCUCGACGCCCUCAACUUCACAGCUUUGUCAACCCUGACGAGCAUCCAGCUCGCGCACAAUCAGAUAAGGGGCUCCUUUCCACCUGCUCUAGCAUCAUCCUUGACAAGCCUGCGACACCUCAUGCUCCAGGAGAAUGAGCUCUCUGGCAAAAUACCAUGGCAAAUAAAACACCUAGAGAGUCUUGUAACGCUGGUCCUGUCCAACAAUUACUUGUAUGGUCCCAUCCCCAGCGAACUAGGCUACCUAAACAAGCUGGUUAGAUUAGACCUAUCCAGCAACAACCUCACGGGGGGUCGCAUUCCAAGAAAUUUAGGGAAUCUUACUCAACUCACUAUCUUGUACCUUGAUGACAAUCAGGCACUCGGACAUAUUCCUCGAGAACUAGGUUACCUGGCGAAUUUACAGGAGUUAGAUCUUAGGGACAACAAACUCAUGGGUUCCAUCCCUGAUACGUUUGGGAGUUUGGUUAAUAUCACUACCUUGUACCUAUGUGAUAACCAACUUUCCGGGUAUAUUCCUCGAGAACUAGGUUACCUGGUGAAUUUAGAAGAUUUAGAACUUUGCCGUAACAAACUCAUGGGUUCCUUCCCCAAUAUCUUUGGAAAUUUGACAAAGCUCACUACCUUGUACCUUUUUAGUAAUCAGUUAUCUGGAUAUCUUCCUCCAGAACUAGGUUACCUAGUGAAUUUACAAGACUUAAAACUCGGUAAUAACAAACUCAUUGGCUCCAUCCCUGAUACGUUUGGGAGUUUGGUUAAUAUCACUAUCUUGUACCUAUGGGAUAACCAACUUUCUGGGCGUCUUCCUCGAGAACUAGGUUACCUGGUGAAUUUAAAAGAAUUGGGUCUCAGUGGUAACAAACUCAUUGGUUCGAUCCCCACAAUAUUUGGAAAUUUGACAAAGCUCAGUAAGUUGUACCUUGAUGAAAAUAAAUUCUCUGGGCGUAUUCCUCCAAAACUAGGUUACUUAGUGAAUUUACAAGAGUUGGAUCUCGGCGAUAACAAACUCAUUGGUUCCAUCCCCGGUACGUUUGGGAGUUUGGUUAAUAUCACUAUCUUGUACCUAUGGGAUAACCAACUUUCUGGGCGUCUUCCUCGAGAACUAGGUUACCUGGUGAAUUUAAAAGAAUUGGGUCUCAGUUGUAACAAACUCAUUGGUUCGAUCCCCACAAUAUUUGGAAAUUUGACAAAGCUCAGUAAGUUGUACCUUGAUGAAAAUAAAUUCUCUGGACAUAUUCCUCAAGAAAUUGGAACCUUAAUGGAUCUCCAAUAUCUGCAACUUGAUGGGAACAAUCUCUCUGGUCCUCUGCCACCCAAGUUGUGUGUUGGAGGAUUUCUCCAAAGGUUAAUUGCAUUUGAUAACAACCUUAAUGGACCUCUGCCAUCAAGUCUGCUAAAUUGUAGAAGCUUAGUCAGAGUUCGUCUUGAAAGGAAUCAACUAGAAGGGGAUAUCUCUGAAUUGGGGAUUCACCCAAAUCUUGUGUAUAUGGAUAUGAGCUCAAACAAAUUGUUUGGCCAAUUGUCUUAUCAUUGGAGGGAAUGUCGUAAUCUUACCAUGCUACACCUCUCGAACAACAAUCUCGUAGGAAAAAUACCUGCAAGUAUAGGGGAACUAUCUCAGCUAGAGAUACUUAAUCUUUCAUCAAAUAAGCUUGAAGGAGAGCUUCCAAGUGCAGUGGGCAAUCUACAAAAAUUGUCCCGAUUAGGUGUCGCAAACAAUUUUCUCCAUGGAAGCAUUCCACAAGAAAUUGGAGCAUUGUCCAACUUGGAGUUCCUUGAUUUGUCAUCAAAUAACCUAAGUGGUUUGAUACAAGGUUCAUUCAAUAACUGUUUGAAGCUUAACUUUUUGAAAUUGAGUCACAAUAACAUUAAAGGAAACAUACCUCUGGAUCUAGGGGUGAUGUUCAAUUUACAUGAGCUGUUGGACUUAAGUGAUAAUUCCUUUGGUGGGGAGAUACCAAGUCAAUUGAGUGGUCUGGUCAUGCUAGAUGCUUUGAAUCUUUCGCACAAUGAAUUGAAUGGAUUAAUUCCAUCAUCAUUUCGGAGUAUGGGAAGUUUGACAUCCAUUGAUGUAUCUUACAAUGAAUUGGAAGGACCAGUACCGGACAGUAGGUUCUUCCAGGGAGCUCCGGUCCAGUGGUUCAUGCAUAAUAAGUUGCUAUGUGGUGAAGUGAAAGGAUUGCCUCCUUGUACUAGUGCAACUCAUGAAGGAGGACAGAGGAAUGCAUACAAAAUAAUUGGUGUAGCAACGGUUCCUAUUUUGUUAUCUCUUGUUCUUCUCGCGGCUAUAGUGAUGUUCCGGCAUGGAAGGAGGAAAUCCAAACAAAUUAUUUCCAAUAAAGAAACACAAGCAAAUGUGUUCUCCAUUUGGAGCUUUGAUGGGGUAGAUGUGUUCAAGCAAAUCGUUGAAGCAACUAAAGACUUUAGUGAGAUGCAUUGCAUAGGAACUGGGAGUUAUGGAUCUGUCUACAAAGCCACACUUAAAACAGGUGAGAUAUUUGCAGUGAAGAAGAUACACAUAAUAGAAGAAGAUUGUUUCGUGAAUGAGUUGCUGUUCAAUCGUGAGAUUGAGGCAUUGUUGCAGAUUCGGCAUCGAAACAUCGUAAAAUUAUUCGGAUAUUGUUCCUCUAGCAGAGGGAGGUUUCUUAUAUAUAAAUACAUCGAGAGAGGAAACUUGGUAGAAACACAGAGAUCCAAUGAAAGGGCAAUAGAUUUGGAUUGGAAAAGGCGGAUACAACUUGUGCUGGAUGUGGUUCAUGCUUUGGCAUACAUGCAUCAUGAUUGUUCCUCACCAAUAGUCCAUCGGGAUAUAACAAGCAAAAACAUUUUGCUUGAUGUGGAAUUUAGAGCUUACAUCUCGGAUUUUGGGACUGCUAAAAUUCUCAAUGUUAAUGGCCGGAAUAUCACACAAAUUGCUGGAACUAAAGGAUACCUUGCACCAGAGCUAGCAUAUACACAAAAUGUGACAGAGAAGUGUGAUAUAUACAGCUUCGGAGUGCUUGCUCUGGAGCUAUUUAUGGGAUCCCAUCCAGGCGAUCUGCUUUCAUCCCUCCACUUGACAACCAACAAGAAUGAUGUGUGCAUGAAGAAUCUGCUUGACUCCAGGCUCGAGAUACCUGAUGCUGAAACCGCUAGAGAGAUCUACGGCGUGCUCAGUGUUGCAGUUCAGUGCCUGGAGCCUAACCCAUCACGCAGGCCAAUGGCACGAAGUGCUAGUGAUGAGCUAUCUGCUGGGUUUAAGAUAUACGGAGACCAACAUGUUGAUUAUCUAGACGCCGUCCUGACCAUUCCGACCCAAUAGUGCCGAUGGCCAUCGAUGAGAAAUUGGUAGUCCCGUGUAUUUUCUUCGCUGCUGCCUACGGUUCGUGCUUACAUGGACGAGGAAUUGGUACUCCUAUUUUUUUUAUAUAAGCAUAAACUUCGGAUUGUUUGGAACUAGUAAAUAAAGUUGGAUUAAUAACGAAUGUAUUGUACUAGUAAACCUUUUUUUUGUACAUGUGAAGGUGAUUGUAUUUUCUAAGUCAAAAUGUUCCUGAUGGUUCUUAUAUUUCC